GUGAACUUGAUUUUAAAACUAUCCACAACUUUCUUCUUUUGUUACCUAGUCAAUUUAAUCAUAGGUCAAACACAAUUUAAAAAAACUUCAAAUAUGGAGGAAGACAAUUCUUGGGUAUUUGAUUCUCUUGUUUGUUUCUUAAAUGGUCCUAUAUGGAAUGCACCACUCCAGACUUUUAUAGAAGAAAAAUCUUUGAUUUUUGAACCAAGCGUUAAUGAAAAUGAGGAAUAUACAAACAUUUUUGAAGAGUUCAAAAAUUUGGUAGAUUUCAUGCUUGGGAAUUUCAUGGAAGAUAUAGGGAUAUCUUCAGAGCAGUUCGAGAUCGCAUGCAAACAAGGAAAAAGAUAUCAAGUUGCUUUUGAUCAUAACCUAUUUGAGCAAAUUUGGGCAGCAAAUGACUACGAGAUGUUCAAAAGAAUGAUGACGCAGAGAAAUGUGGAACUCCAACUACAAGCAUUGGAGCUCAUCGAAAGAAAGUACGGAAUAACACCAGAAUCAUUUAUUCCGAAAUCUAAAAAGAAUGUUAGAGAAACGCCGAUUACUAUCGAGAUCGAGAAGACUCCUAACCUUGAGAAUGAAAUUAUGGAAGAAAUAUCCCAGAACUUUUCAAAUGAAGAACCUGAUGCCUCACUGGACAUGAAAAAUAUUUUGGAAGAAAAGAAGAUAUUGGAAAAAGUACUGGAGGAAACAAAAGAGAAGUCUGUUGCAAUAGUCGAAUCAAGAGAAAAGACAGAAGGAAGCAAACCGGAAAAACCAACAACUGAAGAUAAAAAAGCAGUACUUGAAAAGAAGCCAGAUGAAAUAGACUCUCUGGAAUUGAAAAAACGACAAGACUACUUGAGAGCCCAAAGAGACAAGUUAGUUGCUUUGAAGAAAGAUGCAAGGCGCAAGCAGCUUGAUACUGAAAAUGGCACCAAAGACAAGACUAAAGCCAGACCGAAUUCGGCAAAAGCUGCCGAAGCGGUUUUGACAGGAGAGAAGCCCAAGGUUGAGCCACAACUUCAACUAAGAAAAACUCUAGCGGAGCGCUUGAGAUCCGAAGUGGUGUCAGGCAAAAAUAAAAAUUAACUUUUCCUAAUUAUAUUUAUUAUCUAAAUAUAACGAGUACAGUUUUUAUUUUACAUUCUUUCAACAUUGAUUUGUUACAUGGAAAAUGAAGAUUAGAAAAGGGUAUUUUUAUCUGUUCUAUCCAAGAACGAAUGGCUUGUAUAAAAUAUAUGGUAAGGCUGCCAUAUUAUUAUAAAUAACAUACCAUUGUUCAAAAGUUGUGCAAAUUUGAUAUUGUACCCUGCUUAAUUUUGAAGGUAGGUAACUUUAAAAAAAUAAUCCAUUCCAAUAAUUGUAUUGGUAGGUAGUUUCUGGAUGUUUUUUGUCUGUGAAUAAAUACACAUUAACGAUAUACUUAAUUUAAAUACUUAUGAAUAUUGCUCAGAUUUUUUGAGCGGUGAUAUACGAGUGACUCAGUUUUAUUCCCGGAAACCUAAACGUAUUCUGCCAACCAAAUUUAUAGGAGAUAUCAGAAAAUUAGGUGCACGAUGGUUUAUUAAAAAUUACCCUAUACCUCUUUUCAACAGUUUACCGUGAAAUAGACAUUUUCAUGCCAUAAUCAGUAUACUAUGAUCAAAUGAAGAAAUAAUAAUUUCAAAUAUAGUAAUCACUAACCAGCUGUCUAACCAUGUCUAAAACUAAAACAACAACAAUUUUUUUUUUUUAGAUGACUAUAACCCCUCAGGGGGGCAUUUCUGGGCCAAUGUUUAUAUAAAUUUCUAUUUGUAUUCCUAGAGUCGGUGGAUGAAAUCUUCUUUUGCAAUUUGGGGACACCCUGUAUAUCUGAAGGAGGGAUGACGGGUUGAAUUACUUCUCCUGAUUUCUCAAAGGAAACAACCCUGUAUUGAAAUGGAUUAUUUGUUGAAAAAAAUAUAUACAGGGUGUUUCAUUGGGAAAGGUAAAUUAUUCAACUGUGGAUAGGGGUCACUGGGGUGAUUUGAAAAAACCCAUGGUUAAUGGGUC